AUAAGCUUUCAUAGGGUGACUGGCGGCUCGAAGGACAGGGCACAUUUAAAAAGGCUGUUGUCACUUGAGGCCAGUCAUUGGAGGGUGAAUGACAAAGAUGACUCGUCUGAUGCUUCUCUUUAUGUGGGUUGGUGUCACAGGGAGCACAGUGCUGGAUCUGCAGAAGAGAAUCAUUGGCGGUCAACUGUGUCAACCAAAUGAUCGUCUGUAUCACGUGAAAUUAAUAGUAAGGAAUGGUAACAAUGGCAUCUUCUGUGGUGGCUCUCUGAUCACUGACCAGUGGAUUCUGACAGCAGCUCACUGCUGGAAAGCGGGAUGGACUAUGUAUGCAGUUUUAGGUGUGCAUCCAGGUCCAGGACAACAAGUGAAAAUCACAGCACCACCUGAGAUCUAUACAGAUAAAGACAGCAACAACAACCUCCGGUCCCAUGACAUCAUGCUACUGAGACUACCUAGGCCCACUCAGAUUCGACCUAUAGCUCUUCCCAACUGUCAACGUCGUCCUAAAUUGGGGAGGAAAGUUAAUAUUGCAGGUCACGCUGCCACUACUGGAGGCCCUAAUAAGGAAAGAACGCCCGGUGAAUCAACUACUCUCCAAUGUGCAGACAUUGACAUUGUCGACUGUCAGGGACUCAGAAACCAUUUGAAAAACACGAAACCCUUUUUCUACAAUGAAGUGGUGUAUCAACACUGGUUCUGUGGCCAGAGUCCUGGAGUGGAUGUGUGUUCUGGUGACUCUGGUGGAGGAGUGGUAUAUCAGAACAAAAUCUACGGUGUCAUAUCUUUCACUGGUGAUAUACACAAUAUAUGUACUCAACCAGCUGCAUUUGUGGACAUCUGCAAUCAACAAUACAUGCAAUGGAUCAAAGAUACAGCUGAGAUAUCACAGAGAGGGUGUGGUCUAUUUUGUGGCUAACUGGAAACAGGUCGACUUGUAUAAUAAACAAUGAGAUUUCAGCUCUACAAGAAACCAUAAGUGAUUUCCUUGUGAUUUUAUACUGUUAUGUUUUCACAGAAAUAGAAAACAGUGUUUGUCGAAAUGAUUUGGGUAUGAAGGUGAAAACCAUUGCAUAGAGCUAAAGAAGAAAUAAAAACAUGCACCUUUUCUAGUGAGGUGUUGGCUUGCAGGUAGACAUCCCACAAAGAGGGAAGAGCUGGAGUAAAGUUUGUUUCAUGGGUCCACUUUGUUUUAAAGGAAUUGACUCAGAGUCCAAAUUAAGUAGUACUUUGGUCUAUUAGGGACUGGUUUUGUUAGCACAGAUCUCUGGGUGUGACAUUAUGUCCAAUAGCCCAAUUUAUGGAUCAAAAUGCACCCAGAAUUGAAUUAAAUUGAAUUGGAUUAUUCAAAACAACAUGCCCAUUUGUUGUCUUAUCCAUGAACCAAUUAUCAGUUGAUGAUUUCCUGUACAUGAAGUACAUUGGUACUGAACAAUAUGAAAGUAAUUCCUAAGAAUUAACAUUUCAGCACAUAUUUUGUAAAAGCCAUCUAGUAAGUCAUCCAAAUAAUGUACUGAGAGAAAAGAAUAUGUGAUUCAAGUCAGUGAGCUCUCAGGGCAAUGAGUGCCUCUAAUUUAAUUUCAUUGUAAUUUCCCUGCUAUCUCUUUACGAGGGAAGAAAAUGUUGACAAAAGAUCUAAACUUUGCAUAAAUGUGUUAGAGCUUUGCAGCCAAUGGGGUUGAGUUGAUAAGCCUUUAUGAGGUAGUUGGAUAGCUGCUGCUGUUAUCAGAGGGUGAAUGACAGCGAUGGCUCGUCCAGUGCUUCUCCUUUUUCUGUGGGUCGGUGAGUGUUAAAAAAGCCUAUCUACUUUGUAGUUCACACUAUACCUUAAUAUUUUUGAAUAUCAUGUAUUUUGAAAUUAUAUGUCUAGCUAAUCCAUUACAUACACUUGUUGUCGUGCCUCUCACUCUCCCUGUCCCUGGUGCUAGCAAUGUGUGCAUUUGUUUGUUUGGGAGGUUAUCUUGAAAGUUACUUCAUUGGUUUAAAUUGCAUCACACCUUAAAGGUACCCUGUCAAGUGUUUGUGUUUGUUUGUGGUGAGUGCAACGGAACAACAUUUUUAGGUAUGGGUCCACAGGGCACCCUUAAGAUAGAUUUAUUGUUGUACUUUAAGGCUCCAUAGCGCCCUCUCUCUGUUGUAGUAAAUGAAAGAACAUACACACAGCAA